AUGGACUGGCUGUACAACCUGCUGUUUCUUCUUAGCAUCUCCAUCUUCCUGGGGCUGGGCCAGCCCAGGAACCCCAAAAGCAAGAGGAAGGGGCAAGGGCGGCCUGGAACCGUGGCCCCUGGGCCUCAUCAGGUGCCACUGGACCUGGUAUCGAGGGCAAAACCGUACGCCCGCAUGGAGGAAUACGAGAGAAACCUUGGGGAGAUGGUGGCCCAACUGAGGAACAGCUCUGAGCCAGCGAGGAGGAAGUGUGAGGUCAACCUGCAGCUGUGGCUGUCCAACAAGAGAAGCCUGUCACCAUGGGGCUACAGCAUCAACCACGACCCCACCCGCGUCCCGGCGGACCUGCCUGAGGCGCGGUGCCUGUGUCUGGGCUGCGUGAACCCCUUCACCAUGCAGGAGGACCGCAGCAUGGUGAGCGUGCCCGUGUUCAGCCAGGUGCCCGUGCGCCGCCGCCUCUGCCCGCUGCCGCCGCGCACGGGGCCCUGCCGCCAGCGCGCAGUCAUGGAGACCAUCGCCGUGGGCUGCACCUGCAUCUUCUGA